AUGAGCAGCCAUACAAAGUUUUCAGAAGAAGCACGUACAGGCCGAGAUCAUCAAGUUUACGAUGAAAAUAAUGUUCGACAAGUGACUGGGACUAUUGCCGUUGAUCCAAAGACGAAUAAAGUAUUGAUUAUCUCCAGUAGCAAAUAUGAAGAUGUUUGGGUGUUGCCUAAAGGAGGUUGGGAAAAUGAUGAAACCAAAGAACAAUCUGCUGAACGCGAGACAUAUGAAGAAGGUAUAUACUUGAACAUAUACAGACAAAUUUAG